CUGUCAACUUCACACCGCAGCGAUUGUCUUUUAUUACAUAGAUUUCUUGCACAUGUUCAUCGAUUUCUGUGGAAUUUAGGGAAAGUAUAACGAAAUCUUCAAUAAAAUGGGUGCUAUAGCAAGCAGAUAUCGUGUCUCUAACACAGGGCUUACAAGCACUGAUAUACAAAACAUAGAAAAUGAGAACAAACGUGAAAAUCCAGGGACAUUGGAUGAACUGCAUAAAAAGACCAAAGAGGUGAUGCCAGUCAACUUUGAAGGCGGCAAACUAAUGUUUAACAAGGGCAUCUCCAAUCAUUUUCAGAUGUCCCACACACUGACAAUGAGUUCUGCACAAAAUGGCUACAAACUAGGAGCAACUUACAUUGGUACUAAGCAGAUAUCACCAACAGAGGCGUUCCCCGUCGUACUGGGAGAUGUGGACCCAUCAGGGAAUGUGAACUUCAAUAUUAUACAUCAGCUAACCCAAGAGAUUAGAGUGAAAGGUGCUGCCCAGGUCCAGGAAUGCAAAUUGACGACGACCCAGGGUACAGUCGAGUACAAAGGCUCCGACUACACAGCGGCCCUCACGUUCGCGAAGCCCGACCUCAAUGACAAGUCGGCUGUCAUUGUUGGGCAUUAUCUACAGUCGGUAACAAAGCGAUUAGCUUUAGGCGCCGAACUGGUGUACCAAUCAGGUAUGAGGGUGAUGGGUGGAGAGAUCGCAAUAGCUUCAGCAGCCGGUAGAUACACUAUGGACGAUUCGGAGGUGUCGGCGACGGUGGGCGCGGCCGGCUUCCAUUUAUGUUACUUCAAACAAGCCAGUGAACAAUUACAGAUUGUAGCAGAAAUUGAUACAUCCUUCAGAGGGAUGGAGUCUGUGGGCACAAUCGGUUAUCAAGUGAACAUACCAAAGGCUGAUCUCAUGUUCAGAGGCAUGGUAGAUUCCAAUUGGAACAUUGGCGCGGUCCUCGAGAAGAAACUCCAACCGCUGCCGUUCACGUUUGCUCUCUCCGGUAUGGCGAACCAAGCGAAGCAGCAGUUUAAAUUUGGCUGUGGACUGAUCAUAUGCUAGUGUGUACUAAUCGUGUCAGCGGUACCUUUCUGUGACCCGGGGAUAAAGCACACCAUACACGAAUCAUAAAAAUAAAUGGCAUGCAAUCUGGACCUCUAGCUAGGAACAUGAGGAACCAGCCAAUAAACAUCUAGAGACAUAACCCAUAACACCAAGAAACGAGACAAUUUUGAAAAGUUCCUAAACUGGCCCGACUGGAAAUCGAACCCGGCAUCUCAUUACCUAAUAUGCUUACUGCUGCCCCAUAAUGGGAUUCACUUUGCAUAACUCGUCGAGUUUAAUAGGCUACUUUCUCUGAAGGUGCAAUGUUAACAGACUGGUAUAUUUACAAUAGCGGUUUAAUUUAACGGAAAAUCUUAUUAUACAAUAUGAUUCGUGUACAAUGGACUUUUUAAAUCCCAUUGUGUUAUCACUAAGGUCCAAUGGUGUAGCAGAAUAGCGAAUCUAAAAUAAUUGGGUAUGUUUAAGUUUGUAUAAAACCUCAUGCACAUUGGUACUUUUUGUAUAUAACUAGGAUGGAAGUGUUCUGUUAGUAAUCUUGAAGUUUACCUGAAAAAAAUCGAAUGAAUGAA